UCAAACAGUUUUGUGUGUGUUUUUACCUAGGGAUUUAUCUCGUAUCUUUAUCUUGAGUUCUUCCUAGGGUUUGAUCUUAAAAAUUUGAGGAGCGAGAAGAAAAAAACAAAAAAAUUGAAAAAGUUCUUAAAAAAUAUAGAGACAAAAAAAAAGUAGAAGGUUGAGUUUUGUUUAGGAUUUAGAGAUGGUCCAAGUUCAUGUUCAGCCUCAGAAUGCAGCUCCCGGAGCUAACACUGGUGCGACCAAUGGUGGGAACAGCCAAUUCGUGACCACGUCGCUGUAUGUUGGAGAUCUUGACCAAAGUGUCACGGAUCCACAGCUCUAUGACCUAUUUAACCAGAUGGGUCAGGUGGUUUUAGUUAGGGUUUGUAGGGACUUGACCAGUCGAAGAUUACUUGGUUAUGGAUAUGUCAAUUAUAGCAACCCCCAAGAUGCUGCGAGGGCUUUGGAAAUGCUGAACUUUUCUCUUUUAAAUGGAAGGCCAAUUAGGGUUAUGUACUCUCACCAUGAUCCUAGUAUUCGCAAAAGUGGGGCAUGUAAUAUUUUUAUUAAGGUAUUUGUGUGUAUUAUCUAAUUUUGUGUUUUGCUGCCACUUUAAAACAUCACAGCUAUCUGUUAUCCUUACUUUAUAUAUUAUUUUCUCUUGUUGGGACUAACUUUUCUUAUUGUAAACAUUUCAACUAUGGUUCAUAAUCGUCCAGUGUGUUUAAAUUUGACAUU